AUGGCGAAGUCACAUCAAACAACGACCAUUCAUCUUGACUCCACCAUUGAAGGACCUUCACAAGCGUCUACAGGCCCCAUUACCGUGCCGGAUCACAUAGACAUGAAGGAUCCACAUGUCUGUAUCGAAUUUGGUGAUUCGGAUGAGAGAACUCGAUUGUUAGGCGAAGGCUCGUCCUCUGGUACUCAGCCUUUGGAGAUAACUAUGGUACCUGGGUACGAGGAAACAGACAGAGACUCGCCACCAGAGUUUCAGUCAUACUAUGCCGACUACAAGACUACUUCCAGCGGUAAUAUUUACUCUCACGACAAGCACUUGAACGAAGAUGGCGAAGCACUCUACCAGUUCAUACUUUCACGAGCCAAAGCCCCUCCCAAAUUUAUUCUCAAGUGCCGUGGCACUCAUCCGGAGGAGCGUACACGUUAUGUGACCCGAACCAAGAACAUCGACGGUAGGACUGUUACACAAACAGAGCGCCAAACCUAUACCGAAACCAUCGUCGAUUUCGACUUUGCUAUCGACGUUUCUCAACACUUCCGACAGCAUCCUCCUGUGCUAUGGACUGUUCCCGACGACGAGCCGGCCUAUCGCGGUCGAAUGAAACGCGAAGUGCUGACAGACACUGUGGGCGGUGUUCGUCGUGUCUCAAGGAGGCUUCUCAAGGCCGGAAAGGCUUGGAGGGAGAACAGGGGAAAGUGGGGGCUUCCGCCUUGGUUGAGCAUGACAGACCAGUCGGAUAGUCCACGACGAAUCACUCCAUCUGACGAGGCUAUGCCAGAUCGCUCCGAACUUACCCUUCGUCAGUGGGCCGAUCGAUACUGCACAAGCAACAAGAGUAUGAAGUCGUUCAAGUUUCGCAAGGUUGUGUACGGGUGGAAUACCGAGAAGCUUGCACAAGUCGUACGAUCAAGUAUACGAGCAAUUACGUAUUGCAGAACUCCUACUAUCACGGUCAAGUUUAUCACAUCGGCGUCUGAGAUCGAUAUUCGACCCCCGUCCACGAUCUCCCGUGCCUUGUCGAAAACAUGGGCAGUCUUCCUCCUUUGGCUCACGCUGAUAUACCCCUUCAUCUGGGUAUACAAGCGACUUCGAGGAGGUCGCUGGGAGGUCGCUGGGUCUGCGUUCCCACUGCGUACGUGGAAACACUGCAGAGAUUCCAUUCGUGGAGAGUCCGCGGAAAUCUACAGACAACGGACAUCCAAGGAGGCUACAGAUGAUUCCACGAGCCUAACAAACGAAAGGAGUGCUAGCGAUGGGACUGACCACCGUAUACUGACUGAAACCUCGAAUGGGGUCAGCCAACUGAUCGGCCUCUCGGAGAGAGACUGGUUCCUUACAUGGGAGCCUACUAUCAAACAAUGUGUUUUUGACCGAACCCAAAGAGCGACACCGAUCGUUACGCCGUAUCACAUGCCUACACCCGCCUUUAUUGACCCUCGACUCUCAACAGUCGGCCAAUCUACUAGUUCUGGGACGCAGAGUGUCCAUGGACCCGCCAUGCCUAUUGAUCCUGGGAUUUUGGAUAGAUUUGAUCUCCACAUCAAAAUGUUGAAAGUUAGCAUUAAGAUUCUACGUUUUGGUCUGAGGGUCGCGAGGGGCACUUGA